CUCAACCUAAUAGUCAUCACUUUGUGAAGAACCAUGAAAACUAUCGGGGUAUGGCCGCUUUUGAUAAUGACUAUAAUUGCCAUGGAAGUGCAUUCUGCAUACGGCAAAGAUGCGAAUCAAAGAUCUGUUGCAAGGCAGAAUCAGAAGGUUGCAGCAAACGCAAAGAAAACUAACGGCGCUAAAGCGAACAAAAACAAGACGAAGAAUCAGAAAAAGGUCAUUACGACUAAAAUAACUUCCAAGAAUCCAAAUAAAUCAAUUCUGCAAAAUAAGCCAACUGCAGCAAACCAGACAAACACAAAAAGACCUACCAGCGCCACAGCUAAGAAAGCUGCAAAUUCCGAAUUCAAGAUAAUUACUCGGAUAUCAACAAUUAAAAAAGUAGACGACUCAUUACUUUCGACGAAAAAGACUUAUUUAACAACCGAGGAAUAUAAAGUUCCGAUUAUUCUUGGUAAUAAAAUGUUGAAAUUUCAAACACCAUCCGUAGAAAUCGCAGAUCCAGAGACAACAAAAGAAACAGCUACGACAACCAAAAAGCCUAUAGUGACAGUGCGUGAAGUGUCUCCUGCUAUAAAUAAUCCCUCAGUCAUGGAGACAAAACCUCUCCCUGAACCAAUGAAUCCUUUGCUGCGUGGUGCUGUACCACCCCUUGCAGUGACCACUACUCCAGAGCCAACAACACAAACGUCUACGACAGCGACCAAGCCUACAGAACUAACGGUACCUUUAUUGCGUGGUACAACUCCAUGUUUAUUUGAUCUUCCAGCCGAGGAGUCAAACCCUCUUCCUGAAGCAAUGAAUCCUUUACUGCGGGGUGCUGCACCACCCUCAGCAGUGGAUAGUGUUUCAGAUACAACAAAACAAACAUCUACAGUUUCUACAACUAGAAAGCCAAUCUUGCCAGCAGUUAGCUUACUGCGUGGUGCUCCUCCAGUUAUAACAGAUCCUCUUGCUGAGCCAAUGAAUCCUUUGCUUAGAGGUGCUUUGCCACCCCUAGCAGUGGACAGUGUUCCAGAUACAACAAAACAAACAUCUACGAUUACCACAACUAGAAAGCCAAUAUUGCCAGUGGUUAGCUUAUUGCGUGGUGCUCCUCCAGCUAUAGCAGAUCCUCUAGCUGAACCAAUCAAUCCUUUACUCAGAGGUGCUUUGCCACCCCUAGCAGUGGACACAGUUCCAGAUACAACAAAACAAACAACUGUGUCAACCCAAAAGCCUGUAAUUCCAGCGUUCCUGUUAAUGCGGGGUGCUGCUCCUGUAAUAGAUCCUCCAGCCGAACCAAUGAAUCCUUUGCUCCGAGGUGUAGCACAACCCCUAGCAGUGGAAAGUGGGCCUGAGACAUCAAAACAAACAACUGUGUCAACUCAAAAGCCGAUAAUGCCAGUGGCAAUGUUGUUGCGCGGUGUGCCAGCGCCACCAGCUGUCAACAGUGUUUUAGAGACAACAAAGUCAACACCCGGUCCAUCAACUGCAAGUCUGGACGUCAGUAAGCCUCCAUAUUUUACCGGUUUUCCAGCUCCUCCUGCUCAGAAUCUACCUAUGAAACCGGUCAUUACCCUGCAGAAAGCUUCCCUUCCACUUUGGGCAAUGCCAGGUCCGGUAGCUUCCACGACCAAACCACCUCUUUCAAAUGACUCACAAGCGCUAAUGAUUUUCGAUACCAAUAUUGCAAAUACCACCUUCCAAAGUCAAAGCACCACCCGAAUGGCAAUCAACAUUCAACCGCUGAUGUUGCUCAGAGGCGCGGCUCCCCUGCUUCCAAUUUCAAAUUCUUCAGCUGAUUCUACCACCACUCAUGAAUCUACAACUUCUCGCGCCAGCGUUGCUUCAACUAAUGUCACAAACUCCCAAUAAAAUUAUUACGUCUUUAAAAUUUGCUAGCGGUUUUGGUUUAAAAUUUUUAAUGUUAAUAAACUGAAUUUGAUAAAAAUUAGU